AUGGUUGGUGAAUGGGUAAGUAGCAGUAGUAGUAGUCGUAGUAAAAGUAGUAGUAAUAGCGGUAAUCGUAAUCAUCGAUGGCAUCGAGUACCAAAUGUGAAUGUGUCUGUUGGCGUAGUAGUGGAAGACAAGCAUCACCAUCUGCAGCACCAUCCAACAGCAGAACCACUAAUAGCAGCGAUAGCAGCAGUAAUAUCACUUGUAGUAGUAGUAGCAGUAGGGUACUAA